CGCCCGGGUUCCUCUCCCCCCGCUCGGGCGCUCCCUGCCAAGCCCAUGAUGUAAUGGUGUAUGUUAAUCAGUAGCAUGUGGGGAGCUCCGGCUUGAGCGGCUCAGUCCUCCGCCAGCCGACACUGGAGGCAGCGGCGGUGGCGGCGGCUCGGACUCACAGCGCCGCACUCUCUCCGCGCCGCCCGCCCCGACGGCAUGGCCCGAAGCCCGCGCUCCGGGCACCCCGGGCCGCGCUGACAGCCGCCGCAGGCCCGGACCCGCGCGUGGGCCCCCGAACCGCCGCUAUGAGCCGCGCGGAGUGGUGACCGCCGCUCGGGAAUGCGGGUGUAAAGGGUCCGAGCUGCCGCCCAGCAGGAAAGAGACCCCGGGACGCCGAAAAUUACCAUCCCGAAGCUGUGAGGAGCAGGGGGGAAGAAAGCAUUCUUCAUUCAGUUUGUGUGCCUUGUGCGGAUUUUUUAAAAAAUCGUUAUUUUUUUAAAAGAAACAUUUCCGUGCUACUGUCUGUCAUCAUCUCUGGGGAAAUCAGCCAGAACCACCGGAACGUAACUGAAACCAGACGAGAGGCAGGAGCCGAGGCGGUACCUGCAGCGUCCGGGCGCCCGAGCCACCUUGGAACCCGAACGCGUCUCCGGCGGCCGCAGGGCUGCGGCGCCACCAAACUUUGGGGCAGGCGGGCCGGGCUGCGGCUCCCAGGGGCUGUGUAGACCGAGGGCAGCCCCCUAACCAUGAUGUUUCGCGACCAGGUCGGGGUGCUGGCUGGCUGGUUUAAGGGCUGGAACGAAUGCGAGCAGACUGUUGCGCUGUUGUCGCUGCUCAAGCGCGUGAGCCAGACCCAGGCCCGCUUCCUCCAGCUCUGCCUGGAGCACUCGCUGGCCGACUGCGCGGAGCUGCACGUCCUCGAAGGCGAGGCCAACAGCCCCGGAAUCAUUAACCAAUGGCAACAGGAAUCCAAGGAUAAAGUGAUUUCCCUCCUGUUAACUCACCUGCCUUUGCUGAAGCCAGGAAACCUCGACGCAAAAGUAGAGUAUAUGAAACUGCUGCCCAAGAUCCUGGCGCACUCUAUCGAACACAACCAGCACAUCGAGGAGAGCAGGCAGCUGCUGUCCUACGCGCUGAUACACCCAGCCACCUCACUGGAAGACCGCAGUGCUUUGGCCAUGUGGCUGAACCACUUAGAGGACCGCACGUCAACCAGCUUCGGUGGCCAGAACCGGGGCCGCUCAGACUCUGUGGAUUAUGGGCAGACGCACUACUAUCACCAAAGACAGAACUCCGACGACAAGCUCAAUGGGUGGCAGAACUCUCGGGAUUCUGGGAUUUGCAUCAACGCCUCCAACUGGCAAGACAAAAGUCUGGGGUGUGAGAAUGGCCACGUGCCCCUCUACUCCUCCUCAUCCGUCCCCACCACAAUCAAUACGAUCGGAACCAGCACAAGUACAAUUCUCUCAGGCCAGGCACACCACAGCCCUUUGAAACGAUCUGUGUCCCUUACCCCACCCAUGAAUGUGCCAAACCAGCCUCUAGGACAUGGAUGGAUGUCUCAUGAGGACUUGCGAGCUAGAGGACCCCAGUGCCUCCCAUCCGAUCAUGCCCCCCUGUCUCCACAAAGCAGUGUAGCCUCUUCAGGAAGUGGUGGGAGUGAACACUUAGAAGAUCAGACCACUGCUCGUAACACAUUCCAAGAAGAAGGUAGUGGUAUGAAAGAUGUUCCAGCCUGGCUGAAGAGCCUCCGCCUGCACAAGUACGCUGCCCUGUUCUCCCAGAUGACCUACGAGGAAAUGAUGGCCCUCACUGAGUGCCAGCUGGAGGCUCAGAAUGUUACCAAAGGCGCAAGACACAAAAUUGUCAUCAGUAUUCAGAAGCUUAAAGAAAGACAAAACCUCCUGAAGUCUUUGGAAAGGGACAUCAUCGAGGGGGGCAACCUCCGCAUCCCGCUCCAGGAGCUGCACCAGAUGAUCCUGACCCCCAUCAAGGCCUACAGCUCCCCGAGCGCCACCCCCGAGGCUCGCCUCCGGGAGCCCCAGGCCCCGCACCCGCACCCGCACCCGCCCUCGCUCAUGGGCCCCGAAAACCAGAGCCCCGACUGCAAGGACGGUGUUGCAGCCACCGGUGCCACCGCCACCACCUCCGCCGGGGCCAGCGGCGGGCUCCAGCCACACCAGCUGAGCAGCUGUGAUGGGGAGAUGGCUGUCGCCCCCCUGCCGGAGGGGGACCUGCCCGGGCAGUUCACCCGUGUCAUGGGGAAAGUGUGCACACAGCUCUUGGUCUCCAGACCUGAUGAGGAAAAUAUAAGUUCCUAUUUGCAGCUCAUAGACAAGUGUCUGAUUCAUGAGGCAUUUACAGAGACGCAGAAAAAAAGAUUGUUGUCAUGGAAACAGCAGGUGCAGAAGCUCUUUCGGUCUUUCCCUCGGAAAACCCUUCUAGACAUAUCAGGAUAUCGACAGCAAAGAAAUCGCGGCUUUGGGCAGUCCAACUCCCUCCCGACGGCCGGCUCUGUGGGCGGCGGCAUGGGCAGACGGAACCCCCGCCAGUACCAGAUCCCUUCUCGGAACGUCCCCUCCGCCCGGCUCGGCCUCUUGGGCACCAGUGGGUUCGUCAGCUCCACCCAGCGCAACGCCGCGGCCAACCCCACCAUCAUGAAACAAGGAAGACAGAACCUCUGGUUUGCGAACCCUGGGGGCAGCAACAGCAUGCCGAGCCGCACCCACAGCUCAGUCCAGAGGACCCGCUCGCUGCCUGUGCACACUUCUCCCCAGAACAUGCUGAUGUUCCAGCAGCCAGAAUUCCAGCUUCCCGUGACCGAACCCGACAUCAACAACAGGCUGGAGUCCUUGUGCCUCAGUAUGACCGAGCACGCCCUGGGAGACGGGGUGGACCGGACCUCCACAAUCUAAAGCCGAGGAUGAGAGUGACCGCGCUGGCCGUGAAAUCGACUGCUGCGGGUCCAGUGUCAGCCGUCUUCAGGCUGCACAGAAUCCUCCAAGAUACUCUGCAGCCUUUUUCCCCCUGGUCCCUCGCCCAUUUUGAUUUUGUGAGAGCGUAGGUCAUCCUUGUAAACGUAUCAGUAGACCUGGGAUUGGUUAUUCUGUCAUUUGUUUCUGUCAUGGGAUGGCUUGGCGUGUGGGGUGGGGAGGGGUCUCUAGGGAAAGAUGGGACUGGGGGGGGGGUGGAGGCAAUGCAAGUGGCUUCGGGAUGGAAAGGGAGGGAAAAAGAGAGCCGCCAUGAGGGAGAUAAGACACACAGGAGGGAGGCAGAGGUCCCGCCCGGAGAGCCUCUCGCAGCGCCUGCCGUCGCAGUCUGGACCUUGGAGGAAGACACAGACACGUGUGACCAAAGCAAGAUGGUGGUUCAAGCUUCGUGCCCCCCCCCCCAUUGGAUUCCCCUGAGACCCCUGCUUAGAAUCGAGCCACAGGACAGGGCUCCGUGGCAAUGGGGGCAAGAAGGGAGAGAUCCCCUCCAACAAAAUUUCAGAUAAACUUGGAUUUGUGUAUUGUUUACAUAACUGUUUUAAAGGGUACAUAAUGUGUAAAGAGUUUGGAUAGAACCUCUCUUCAUACUAUGGUUUUUGUAAAGGGUUUGUUCAUAGGGAUUCAUGUUUCCCCUCUAUUUUUAUACUAGCAGCAGGGUUGUCUUUUACGACGGCCGUCCAGCCCCGCUCCUCGGGCAGACGGCUGCAGGCACGUGGCCUGAGUUGUCCCGCUCUCACCAGCCGGUGGGGCAGCGUGUCGGUGGGCUUGAAGGUCAAGGAUGUGGCUGGAAGGAGCAGAGCACUCAGAAGGGCACCAGGAGGAUGGCACCACGUGACCCGUUCGGGUUUGCAGGUCACCCCGGGGGCUCUGAAAGAAUCCUGCAGGCCCUUUCUGUGCCGGAUUUGCUUCCCACCCAGAGACCUCUCCCCACCCGCCGUGGGGUUUCAUCCCCAUCACGCCACACACACGCGCAGGUGAUUCAGGUUUCGCUGGAGGAGAAGAGGCAAGGAUGGACAUUUUUUUCUUUGCGAGAGGCCUUAAUACCCAGAUAAUGAGCUCAAAAGGCCGCUGAUGGUGUGUUCCUCCCGGGACCCUGAGCCUCAGGACUCUGUCCUCUUUGCUGGUUCUCCGCUGAGGAGGAGGAAGAGGGAAGCAGGGCCCAGUCACAGAAAUGGUCAGUCUGCAAGUAGCAGAGGGAGCUGAGGUGAAGUGUACGGCCAUGGCCGGCCCCACCAUCCCAGGUGGGCAGAGAAAGGUGUGGGAAAGGCCAACUGCACAGUGGACAUGACACUUCGGUUCACACGGCAUCCAUCAGGGUUCGCUGUGUUGUUGGCUGACAAGCCUUCCACACAGAAGGGAGAUGAAGCCACUCCUCACACAGUGAGAGAUUAACACUGUGCUACCACAAAGGAAUAGCUCUGUGUCUUCAGGGCAAGAAAGACUCCACCUUGGAGAUGGAGAGGAGGGUGGGUGUUAGAGAGAAUCGGGGGUUGUGCUGUGCGCUAGGAAGUCGGGUUGUGGGGAUGCUGACGGCGAUGCUCAGCAGAGGUGAGAUCGGGGAGACGGUGUGAGGCCUGUUUAUUAAAUGGGUGAAUCUGGUGCCUUUUUUUUUCCUUUUUUUUAAGUGAAGUCAGGGUCAAAAAAGAUCACACCAUGAAAAUCACUGCACUUGCUUAUGGUUUUGUUUUGUUUUGUUUUUAAAGACAGUUAAGGAAGUAAAUACAGAUUUAAAAGGCCUUAAUGAAAUCCAAACAGCUUCUUAUAACCUUCAAGAUUAAAAAUGUGCACCCAACACAGCCUUGAGUGGCCUUGGAUGUUGUAAGGAGGCUUCUGAGAUCCCUUUAAGGUCUAAAAGUGUGAGGGUAUGUUAACCGUAGAGAGCCCUUAGCCAGCAAAAGAAGGCUUGAACCUACAAAAUCAUCCAUUACAUUAAAAAAAAAAAAAAAGAGCUCUCCUUGGGUGGCUACAUUCUAAAAAUGCAAAUCCACGUGCAGAAAGAGGCAGCAUUUCUUUAGUUGAUUUUUUUUUAACCAAGUGCCAUUAACUAACAUUCGUCCUCCACGUCCCUUUUCUAACUAAGCUUAGUGUUACCGGGGGAAUGUGUUGGGAUGGACAACCACACGUAAGUCAGGAAUGAACAGGCCAAAAAUGUUGAAGGCCAAAGGUAAGACCAGAGGGUUCGUGGAAGUGGUUUGCGGAUGCUCAGAAAGAUAAAGAGGAGACAAACAGUGGUACACACCUUGUGGAGAAACUCAGAAGCAUUCAGAUCUGCUGCAAAACCCAAAUAUCCAUACAGACUGAAGUUGUUCAGAAAACAGACUGUGCACACAAUCACAUUAGCAUGAGCCCUUUAAAAGGAAGACCUUAAAAUAUUUGCAAAUCUGAAUUUCUAUUUAUUCCUUCACUAAAUAUAGAAACAAUGGUUAUCCGAUUACUAGAGAUAUUAUUUUGGAUAUGUUACUUAUUAACUUGCUAUGGCUGGUAACCAUGAUAAAGUCUGUUAUUAAUAACAACAUAAUUCAUUUUUUAAGAAAAGAAAAGCUUAUUUUUCAUUGACUGUGUAUAGAUUUAUCUACUUAGUUGUGUUUUGCUCUUAGUGUUUUAAUUUUUUUUUAAGUUGGGUGUUUUGAUCAAUUUUAGGAGCCUGUCCCCACCUUCUUUGAGUCCUGUGUUGACUGCAGGUAUACAGCUCAAUUUAAAAAUCCUAAAACAAAGUAAUUUUAUUUAUAAAAAAAUCAAACGGUUGCAUGCGUAAGGCUGUGAGGUCGGAUAUUUAGUAAUAAUGCAGCAGUGCCUUUUUUUGUAUUUACCCAUGGGCCCCCCCCAUGCAACUGUUUUAUAUUAAUUGUAAACAUUAAAAGUAUCAGAGUAAAAUCUAUUUCACUAUACGUUUCUCCCUUCGUUCUGAUUUAAGCAGUGUGUACUCAGCAUCUCCACGCUGUCCCAGGGACAGCGACAUUCUAUGAUACUGUUACCAUGUAUGAUGUUUUAUUGGUGCUUUUUAUUCAUAGUGGUUUCUUACCAGAAACAAUAGGAAGAUACACAUGAACUGUGUACAAGAAAUGAAACAUUGCUGCUGAUAUUUUUUUUUCCACAUGCUUUUUGACUUUCACUUUUAAACUGAGGGCCAGCAAGCAAAACAGACAUUGCUGGGUCGGCCUGCGGAAGGCGGCUGUUCACACUGAGCUCUCAGCUCCUGGGCGCUGAUGGGCCCUUUUUGGUCCUGAGGGUCGGAGUGACAGCUGGGCCCCCACCUCCCAUUCAUUUGAAGAGACACUGAGGGAAACGAGGUUUUCUUUUGAGGUGUCAUUGGUUGCCUUUUACAGAAUGGGAGCCUUCUCUGGGUCGUUUGUUCUUCUGCACCUCUUGUAGCUACUGCCGGGGCAAGGUUUGCAGGUGUACACUCCCAGCUAGGAGCAGGACCUCACCCAGAGCCUGGGCUGAGCUGGGCUGAAUGCAGAGGCAUGCAACUCAAAGGGCAGUGAGGGGAGGAACAGCAGACCCGGGUUUCGCUGGCCCUUCUGGAGACGUCUGUGGCAGGCUGCUCCGGCGUGGAUGCUGACAGCAGCCUGGCCGAGGCGCUCGGGCGUGCCUGUUACAAGGAGGACCCGCAGAAGGAUCAUUUGCACAUGGGGCUGUGAUAACACUAAUGUUGAUUUUUUUUUACAAGUCAUCUGAGAUGUUUGCAAAGUGAGUUUUAUUUUUUUGUAAUUCCUUUAUCUUUACUUAAAGGUGAAUGUUUAUUCCUCUGGGAGGAAUAGGAAGAAAACAGGAAUGUUAAUAGUGUCAAACAGAAGACUUCCUCCCUUAUUAAUAUAUAACCCUCAUGUAUUUAUGCCUAAUGUAAGCUGACUUUUGAAAAGCUUUCUUCUGUUGCAUGCCCCGCACAGGCAUCCCUAUUGUACAUGCAUGCCUUUCGUCCUGUUUUCCUGUAUAAAGUUAGUGAACAAAGAACUAUUUUUGCCUAGUUCAUGUUGCCAAGCAAUGCAUAUUUUUUAAAUUUGUCAUAUAUGGAAAUAGCAUGUUUGUUACAUGUAAAAGCUUUACUGAUAUACAGAUAUACUAAUGUUUGAAGAUGCUGUUCUUUGCAAGUGUACAGUUUUCAAAUGUUGUUACCAGUGAAACACCCUUGUGGUUUAAACUUGCUACAAUGUAUUUAUUACUCAUUUCCUCCCAUGUAACUAAGAAUCAUGGCUAUAUUUCAUAUCAACGUUAUAUUGAAAGUGAAGGGAAAUGAUUAAUACAAGGUUUUGUAACA